GGUGAAACGUGAAGCCUCUUUGCCUUAAAAAACCAUCCGUCUCCGUUCGUGCCUGCGCGUUUUAGGGCUGUGGUUUAAAAAUAUACACGAUCCGGUUUUACCCUUUCACAUUAAGACACCGAUGGAUACUGUCCGCAUUGCGUAAGCGUCGAUGGUUUUACUUUUUUGAAUAGGUUCUUCCCAGGUUUUCUCUCGCUGACUUGACGCCUGGCAGCAUUUAUCGCUACGACAGGGAGCCUACAAGCGACAACUACCCCAGACAGAGAAUGGAGAGAUGCUGACGCACCGUUAUUUACCGGACCGUGGACUCUUCUGCGCUAGGCUGUAGUCAUGUCAUCACAGUUUACUUGCUGUGCUCAAGAAGAAUAAUCUAAACUAUAGUCUAUUUGUUUCUUUCUGCUUUUUAUUGGAGUUUUUCCCUCUUUUAGUACUUUGGAUAUUUUUGGCCGCGUUUUUACGCACGAUGCGCGCAAGGAUGGCUCGUCCGAAAGGACACAGAACGGGUCUACAACAUGUAUUUUAUGUCUGUCUCUCAUUUUCAGUUGCUUAUUCUUAUAAUAUAGACUUGGAACAUCCUUUAGUGUUCCGCGGACCUCAGUCUAGUUUUUUUGGCUACUCCGUGCUGGAGCAUUAUCAUGACAACACACGCUGGGUGAUAGUUGGAGCGCCCCGGGCGAACUCUUCCUACAGCAGUUCGGUGCGCUCUCCCGGCGCUGUGUAUAAGUGCCGAGUGCACAGCAACCCUGAGCGCCGCUGCACAGAGAUGGACCUGGGGAGAGGAAACAAGCCCCGGGAGACGUGUGGGAAGACUUGCCAAGGAGAUCGGGACGAUGAGUGGAUGGGGGUCAGCCUGGCCCGUCAGGACAGAGCCGAUGGCAAAGUACUGGCCUGUGCCCAUCGCUGGAAGAACGUGUACUACGCCUCAGAACACAUCCUGCCACAUGGAUACUGCGCCAUCAUCCCUCCAUCCCUUCAGGGCAGGACCAAACCGCUCAUCCCUUGUUACGAAGACCAUAAGCAGAAGUAUGGGGAAGAGCAUGGUUCGUGCCAAGCUGGGAUAGCAGGAGUCUUCACAGAGGAACUGGUGGUGAUGGGGGCUCCGGGGUCCUACUAUUGGACUGGGACCAUCAAAGUGUACAAUCUGACAUCUGACUCCUUCUACAGCCCCAGGGAAAGCAUCGACUCCCACGGAUACAGCUACCUUGGUUAUGCUGUGGCGGCUGGACACUUCUCCUCCCCCAAUGUGGUGGACAUUGCUGCUGGGGCGCCACAGCACAGCGGGGUUGGAAAAGUUUACAUUUUCAAAAUCGAAGGUUCCUCUUUGGUGAAGAGUUUUCAAGCCACGGGGAAAAUGAUGGGCUCUUACUUUGGCUCCUCAUUGUGUGCAGUUGAUCUGAACCAGGAUGGCCUGUCAGACCUGCUGGUGGGGGCACCCAUGCACAGCCAGCUCCGGGAUGAGGGCCAAGUGUCUGUGUACCUCGGCAAGGGCAAUGGCGUGAUGGAGGAGCAUGCAGUCUUGACUGGUGACAACGCUUUCAAUGCACACUUUGGGGAAAGCAUUGCAGCAAUUGGAGACAUCGAUGAUGACGGUUAUCAAGAUGUCGCCAUUGGGGCACCUAAAGAGGACGACUAUGCAGGAGCUGUUUAUAUUUACCACGGCGGAGCCACAGGAAUUACCCAAAUAUACUCCAUGAAACUCUCUGGACGGAGUUUAAACCCUGGUCUGCAGAUGUUUGGCCAGUCCAUCUCUGGCACUGUGGACAUGGAUGGCAACGGAUACUCAGAUGUCACCGUUGGGGCUUUCAUGGCCGACAGUGUGGUUGUGCUGAGGUCUCGCCCUGUCAUUACAGUGGAUGUCUCCAUCUUCCUACCCGUCUCCAUCAACAUCUCCUUGCCUCAGUGUCACGAGGGCCACCCGAACCUGAACUGCUUCAACGCCACGGUGUGCCUGCGCUUUCGAGGCAGACAGCUGCCGGGGCAAAUAGAGCUGCUGUACAACCUGACGGCUGAUGCAGACAAGCGGCAGAAGAGCCAGCCGGCCCGGGUUUACUUCGUUCAGAGCGGGUCUCAGAUCAGCCAGAUGAGCCAGCAGCUGAGUCUGGACAUCAACAGGGAGGAGUGCCAGCGCUACACUGCCUUCGUAAAGAAGGACGUGAAGGACGUCUUCACAGCCAUCACCUUCGAGGUGGCUUACAGCCUGGGGAGGCACGCACUGACCGGAGACCCGGAUCAGGAGCUGCCGGCUCUGACGCCGGUGCUGAGGUGGAGGAAGGGAAACAAGAUCGCAGUGAGGAAUGAGACCUGGUUUGAGAAGAACUGCCUUUCGGACGACUGCGCUGCAGACCUGAGGCUUCAUGGGAAACUGCUGCUUUCUGGGAUGCACGUCAAAGCUCAUUUGGCACUGGGAGCAGUGAGAAACGUCUCCCUGAACAUCACCAUCUCCAACGCCGGAGACGACGCCUACGACACCAACAUCCACUUCAACUUUUCCAGGGAGGUUUUCUACAUCAACUUCUGGCAGAAGGAAGACAAGGGGAUUUCCUGUGCUCUAGUUGAUUUGGACUUCCUGGUUUGCAGAGUGGGAUUUCCUUUUAUGAGAGCACAGACGAAGUAUCAUUUUGCUGUGAUUUUUGACACAAGCAAGCUCUCUGGAGACAACGAAACCCUGCAAUUUUUAGUUCAAGCAAAGAGUGCCAAUCCAGAGCACAAACUUUCCGACAACUUUUUAGAUCUUUCCAUCCCUCUGAUCCAUGAGACCGACACCACCCUCACUGGAAUGGUCACACCGAACUCCUUUGUGUACGGAAACACCAUUGACGCCUCGCGCUUUGUUCUGUUGGAAGACAUGGAAUGCAACUUUCAGCCUCUCAAUCUGACUUUCCAGGCGAUAAACAAGGGGCCCAGCAGGCUGCCAGGCUCCACGGUGGACAUCAGGAUACCUAACCGGCUGGCUGGCAGCGGACCUGACAUGUUCCACGUUAUUGAAACUCAGGUGGCUGCUGGUCGGGGAAACUGCACCCCUCACAGGAAUCCCACCCCAUGCACCAUCCCCCAGGAAAAGGAGAGCAUCUUCCACUCCAUUUUUUCUUUUUUCACCAAAUCAGGCCGCAAAGUCUUGGAUUGUGACCGACCUGGAAGAGCUUGUAUGACCAUCACCUGCACUUUGGGUCCACAGUUCAUAGAUGAAGCUCUGAGCAUAGAUCUAAAACUUCUCCUCAACACAGAAAUCCUGAAACGAGACAGUUCCUCCGUCAUCCAGUUUGUGACCAGAGGCAGCGUUCAAGUGAACGACAGGGCAGCAGAGGUCCCGAACGGCCUGCAGAAUGACAUUUCCCUGGUGUUUGAGGCGCUGCACAGUCAAGAGCCUCGAGGUUACGUGGUCGGCUGGAUCAUCGCCAUCAGCCUGCUAGUGGGAAUCCUCAUCUUUUUGCUGUUAGCUGUGCUACUCUGGAAGGUGGGAUUCUUCCGCCGGCGCUACAGGGAGAUCAUUGAGGCAGAGAAGAACCGGAACGACAGCGAUGAAAGCUGGGACUGGAUGGAGAAGAGCCACUGAGAUUGUGGAUGAGGUUCCCAGAGGAGCCAGCGGGAGCAGAGACGGGGUCGAGACGGAUCCAGUAGCACUGGGUGUCACAACCCAGCCACCCUUAGAGGCACCAGGUCCUUCAAUCUUCCAUAUGUGGAAGAGAUUUAUUUUCUCCAUAUUUUUUGGGGACUCUGAGAUGGGGAUUCUGAGGCGACAGUUUGGCUUGCGAGAAGACACUUGCUGUGGAAAUUAUGUAAUCUCAAACGGAGGGAACUCCCAGCCACUGGAGUUGCGGGGAUCGGAAGACAGCACGAGUGCUGGUGGACAAAGAAACCCUCAGGGCUGUAUAGGAUAGCACAUUUAUUUUUAUACACACACAUCAAGCCAUAUUGUAAAAAAGCUAAGGUUUUUAAAUGGCAAUUAUACACAUGCUGUUUGUUUUCUUAAAAGCACUGAUGUAAGGUUAAAAGGAAAGAAUUGCUCCAUAUCUGCGCCAAAGACGUGUCCCAUAAAGUAUGGAGUUUAUUUAGCUUAUCCCUGUUGCUGAAAGUAAAAUAUUUUUGUUCUUUUAUAACAUUUUUAAUUCCAUCUGACAAACAGUUUACUAUCAGAGCUCAAUCUGUUGACAUGUUAAAAAGGAAAGAGGACAAAAGGACAAAAAAAGAAAAAAUCAAAACACAAAGAAUAGCAGUUUCACUUAAAUAACACAAUUUAGAAUCCAAAAAAAUAAGAUCAAGAAAAAGGAAUUAGACAUUCACAAAUCACAGAUGUAGAGAGGGGAUAUUACUUUACUCGCUUUUUCACAGCAUCCUUAAACCUGUCUAGUCUAAAAGUACAAUUAUACCACCAGGUCGUUGACAUGUUAAUCUGAACAUUAACAUGUCAUUUUUAACACAAGGUUGUGCAUAUCGACAGUGCUGGAAUGGACAGUCGUUUAGCAUCAUUUUUCAGGUUUGCAUCACAUCAAAUUGGGCAUUCACCUCCACAGAGGUGGGGCUCCAGCAUUCCACUGGUUCUGGUUGUGAACAGGUUGAAAAAUCCUUUCAGUGUUAGACAUUUUGAACAGAAUACACCACUGAUCAACAAAUCUUAAAGCUAGUUCAGAAAUGGCAUGAAUUUGCAUUUUGCAUGGCUGGAUUUUAAGGUGGUAGAGCUUCAAAAUGCAAAGACAAGAGAAGAGGGCGAACCCUUUGUGCAGACAAUUUAUUUAACUGAAGUGGGCAGUUCAGAUCAGAAGUUCAGGACCAAAACAAUCCGCUCAAGCCCUUAAAAUAGAAAACUAAAGGGUCCAAAUAAAACAUUCUCCACCAUUCUUGUGGAUCACCUCAAAAACUCUCUUGAUUCGAGUGUUUUCUAAAAGGCUUUUGGGGAGCUUGUGCUAAGUGGUGAAACUUCUGUCCCCAAAUGUUCUCAGUUUGAUUUAAAUUAGGUCCAAAAGAAUGAUGCUCUUCUGAAACAAGUCCUUUGUCCAGUCACCGCAUCACGGAAAUGAGGGCCCUCAAUCAUGAGGGAUGUCCCCUUCAACAUAUCUGCACAUCAUGAAGCUCCAAUGAAGGAAAAAGCAGCCCAGACCACGUUGAUGGUGGCGUGGCCUUUGACAACGCCUUUUGCUUUUGAAGCCCCUCUCUUGUAGAUGCUGUUUGGUUGUUUCUGGACAACAGUCAGCACCAGUAGGGACCGUGCCAUGUCUUUGUGCACACGGCCAAGUGCAGGUGACAUUUUUCUGGGUCUGCCACUUGACUUAUUUUUGUUCCGUUACCCUCAGGAGCUACCGUCCUAUUGUUUCCAACCUCAGCAGUGAUGGCAGGAUUGUUGAGGAGCUUAAGAAUCCUGCCACCUUCAAGGAAAUUUAACUUUGACAGCACGAUUACGCAUCAGUAAAUUCAUUUGAAUGCAAAUUUUUAUUGCAAAUUCUGGUUUUUAAGGGUUGUGGGUUUAAACUUUUAAUCAGCUGAUGUACAGCCCUUCUCAUUUACAUUAUUUUCAACAAAUUGGCAGCUAAAAAUAUUUGUUUACUUGCUCCCCUUUCUUCCUUUUGCAUUUUGAAGCUCUAUUUAGAACGUUGUCAAGGUCCAGCUGCACAAAAGGCAAAUUAUUACAUUUUCUCAACUGGUCUCAAGCUUUUGAUCGGGAAUGCAUACGGCUGCUUUGGCAACAACUUGCUCAGGUAUGCUUCAGACUUUUCUAAUAGAUUUGGUCAUAUUUACAGGUCCAAGCUUAUCGAUUGCAAAAACAGAACUCUAAGAAAUGAAAAAAGACCCUUGUUCAAGAAUCAACAUUCUGUCUUGCAAGAAAAAUGUUUUCAUAGAGACUUGACUUGUUUCUUAAAAUAAGAAUUCUUGAUAAGACUACUUCUCUUACCCCUUCAGCAGCCUUUUUAAAGAAAAUAUUUCAAAUUGUAAGAAGUUCUGCCUUUUUUUUUUUUUGCAGUGUGAAGGUGAAUUUUGAUCUAAUAAUUCAGUCAUUUCUCAAACCUCAGGAUUCGUUUCAUGUGUUUCAUUGUGUUAUCUGGGCUGAAAUUCGAGAUGGAAUGAGGAAAGCAUAAACGUCUGCUGCCCCAUGUCAUGAGCAAUGCCCCCAAAAUAGGAAAGACCUUGUUGCACUCAAUCAUUUACGAGAAACAAACUCUUCGGGUUCUUGGGAACAUCUCCCUUUGAGACUGACAAUGUCACUGCCAUAAGAAUCUGUCACUAUUCAAUUAAGCAUUGUUGGUUUUCUUCAGGAUGGCGGUGAGCUGCAAGCCUCGAAGGAUGAUAAAACAUUUAUGGCUUUUCUUCAGAAGUUUCAAAAUUGGCAAGGUUAAAUGUUAAAAAAAAAUGUUCAAAAGAAAAGUAAAAGGAAGAAAAAUUUUGCACAACUAUCAAAAUCACAGUUUUUCUGUUCACUAUUAUAGACUUUUAAGCCACUUUAUGGAUCAUCGCUCUGCAAACACCACCUUUUUGGAGCUGUGUGUGAAUCCAUUCAUGCUCUGAUGCUGCAGAACAGACCGCACGUCCGUGUCCUCCCUCUGCAUCGCUCAGACGCUUUGCUUCAUGUAUGUUAAAAAAAGAAGACACUUGACUUGUUUGUAUAAAAGCGUAACUGUGAUGAUUAUACUUUGAUUCUGUUUCUCGUCACCCUUAAUCACGCCCCUGUGUUGGGGUUUUGUUCUGAAUAUACUACUGUCACUGAGUAUCAUUUCCUUUAUUGUGUGUCGUCAGUUUGAUGUUUGAGCUGCAUAUUUAUCUGCUGAUAAAUUUCAGAAUGACAUCACGAA